AUGGGACAAAGACAGUGGAAUGUUAUAGACACCACUGCUGUGAACAACAGGCUAAUUGAGUCAGCUGUCGAUGGCUACAAUGUGUGCAUCUUUGCUUAUGGUCAGACAGGCUCUGGGAAAACAUUCACAAUGAUUGGAGAGAAGGAACCAGCAAAUCUAGGAAUAAUACCCAGAGCAUUCAAGAGAAUAUUUCAAAUUAUACAUGAAAACCAAGCAAACUUUACAUUUAAGGUCUUGACUUACAUGUUGGAGUUACAUAAUGAUCAACUUUUGGACCUUUUCAUCAACCCUUGUGAAGGUUCCACUACAAAGCUUGAAGUAAGGAGGGAUAGAAAAGGAUUUGUAUACAUCCAAGGAGCAGAAAUAAAGGAGGUCACCAGUGCAGAAAUGCUCUAUGCAUUGUUUGAGCAGGGUUGUACAAAUCGCCACACAGCAGCCACAAAAACGAACAAUGAAAAUUCACGAUCCCAUCUGAUUGUUGGAGUGACAAUAAAAAGUACCAGUCUCAGUGAUGGAGCUGUAACUUAUGGAAAGCUCAGUAUGAUUGAUUUAGCAGGAAGUGAGAGAGCAUUCAAAACAGGAGCAACAGAUGAUCAGCUGAAGGAAGCUAAUUCCAUCAACGAGUCUCUGAGAUCAUUGGGCGAUGUCAUCUCUGCUCUCUCAGGGGAACAAUCCUUCAUUCCAUACCACAGUAACAAACUCACAUUGCUGAUGCAGGACUCAUUGGGUGGGAAUUCAAAGACACUCAUGUUUGUGAACAUUUCCCCAGCAGAUUACAAUGCUGAGGAAAGCAUCAGCUCAUUGACUUAUGCAUCUCGUGUUAAAUUGAUAACAAACAAUGCACAGAAGAAUUCUGAGAUCUAAGAGGUAGCUCAACUCAAGCAGAUUUUUGCAAAAUUGAAACAUGAAGAAUGGCUGGAAGAAGUGUAUUGA